UAAUAUUUCUGAGAAAUCUUGCCGGGCUCUGCUCGAGGAAAUGGUCCGCCUUCAAAAUGACUUGAAAUCUUCAGUUCGGAGGAGUGAAGAAGUGAUUCACGAACAGGCAUUAUCCCGGCAGCAGAUAGAUGCUCUUGUGAGAAAAAACAUAGACAGCUUAAUGCAUCUGAGUUCAAGAAUUCAAAGACUGGAACAAAAAAUUCAACAAGAUGAAAUUGCUCUCAACAUGUUGAAAAAUCAAGCCCAAAAUUUAGAGCAAAUUACCAAAGGAAGUCAGCAGGAUUUAUUUGGUAAAAAAGAUAUGCAUAUGACAAAAAUUCAAGAACUUCAAAUGGAGUUGGAAUCUGUGAUCCAGGAUAAGAAACAAUUAGAAAUGUUAAUGACCGAACUUUCUGGAAAUCUUCGUCAGGUGACUUCCAGGAUCGAUUCUCAACAUUCAAAACUCUCAAAUACUGUUAGUGAAGUUAUAAUGACUACAAAACGAUUGGAAAAUGAACAGAGAGUGGCUGUACGUUUGAUAUUGUUAUACCAACACAAUAACAUAACAAACAAGAUACCUUUGUGUCGCAACAUCAAAGGAAUGAUGUCAAGGACUGAACAAAGAGAUUCGAUGAAUGACCUGCAGGAGACGAUUCAAACGGCACGGCAGAACCAAGAACAGGAAGUACAACAAAGGUUAUCUUCAGAACAAAACGUUUUCCGCAGAUUAGCCGAGGUUGAAGCAAACGUAAACAACCAAACGAGAAAACAAGAUGAAACACUUCACAGUAUUAGCUUAUUGCAGAAAGACCGAGAACAUAACAAAGAUUAUAACAUACAACGGUUGCAGAACCAGUUGCAAGAUUCUAUCGAAGAAAUGAGUCAAAGAUUGCAUCAAAAAGAAAUGGCUAUCAGAGAUGAAUUACAAGAGAAAUUCUUACAACUUGAGCGACUAUGCCAACAGGAGCGAACACAUCGGACAGAACUCGAACGUUCCCUAAAAGGUGAUACUGAAAGAAUUGCACAAAGUCACAAACAAAGAUACACCACUGAACUGCAAAAUUUAAUUGAUACCAUAAAGGCAGAUAAAUCGAAAACCAAAGAAACUCUACAAAAGCUAAAUGAAGGGAUUCAGUUGUUGGAGCAGACUUUUGAUAAUAAUAAGAAACGACUGGAGAAAAUUGUUUCAGCGGAGAUCCACUCCAGAAAGACACACGAGAAAGCUACCACUGACAAAUUUUAUGAAGUACAAGAAAAAAUUCAAAUUGCCACUAUACAUAUUCAGCAAAACCUUGGAGAGGUCAAAGGUCGAUUGGAAGAUUAUAUGAACAAAAUCCAGAAAGAAGUGCUCGAUAUCAUCCAGGAAAAAACAGAUGCUACCACCCGAGCUCUGGCCGAUCUUGAUGCUCGAUUAAAUUUAGAGAAGGAAAGGAUACAGAAUGUCGAAGAAUCGAUUGAAGAACAAAUAGCAAAUGUUCUGAAAAACAUUCCAAAUCCUGAGGACUUGAAGCAGAAAGUUGAAAUUAACGAACACCAAAUUUCUCAAAUCAGCCAAACUCAGGAAGAUUACACGAAAGAACUAAGAGGUUACAAAAGGCAAAUAGAAAAUUUCCCGAAUGAAAUCUAUUCCCUUGACGAACGAUUAAAACUUCUUAAAGCUGAGAUAGAAAGCCGAGUGAGUACAGAGGCUCAGAUAAGACUUGAAAAUAUAGAGAAAAUUCAGCAGCAACUCGCCUCUAUGCCAACACGGUCUGCUCAACAACCUAUUGUACCAUAUGCUACAGAAAAGGACAUAGAAAAUUGCCAAAACAGUAUCAAGCGUCUUGCAGAAUCAGUACAGACGGUGAAAACAGUUUUGGGAAUGAAGAUACAGUCAGAACAAAAACUAAGAGUGUCCGAAGUGAAAAGUCUUCAAAAUGAACUCAUUAGAAUCCGUGCUAUGAUAGAACCAAUCGUUGGUAAGCGACCCAGGAUCUUUGUCAAGGCAUGGAUUGAUGAAAAACUGCCCCUCACCGCUGAUAUUAACAAAUGGACAAUAUACACAGCCUACAGAUGGUUGUCAUGGAAAAGAGAAUGGCUGAAACCUGUAUAUAGAAGAAGAUUGCGUUCACGAUGAAGAAGAAUUAACUGGAGAAUCAUGUAGAAUAAAGAAAUAUUUAAAACAAGCAAACUUUUUUUUUUAUCUAUGGAUGUUUAUAACUGAAUGAAUUAACAUUUUUUGUUUUCUAAUGGUUUUGGCAGGGGUG